ACAAGCCCUAGCUCCGGACGGAAGUGCAGAGCGCCAUGGUUCCGAGGGGCGUCCUGUUGCUGGCGGUGUCGGCGAUUUGGCUGAGUGGGUGUGUUCGCCCAGCGGCGUCGGGGGCUGUUAAGGGCAUUGAAUGCAGUAGGAAAAUUGGACGCUGCGUUCCCGAGAGGCGCUGCAGCCAGACCGUGCCCAAUGCUGCAUGUGACAAAGAUGGACACGUAUGUUGCAAAAGAGAUUCCGUUGUAGGCCGAAGAAAACCCAAGUUCAGAAAAAACAAAGGAGGUCAGGGAAACCAAGCUAAAAUGAUGAAAAACGAAAUAAAUGAAAAAGAACAGAAAGGAAAUAGUAAACGAAGACCUGAGGAAACAGGCGACAAGAAAACCUCUCGAAGAAAUGGGAAGAAACGUGUCGGAGCGAAAAUACAAAUUCCUGAUAAGAAAAGGACUGGAAAACAAGGUUCCAUAAAAUGUACGAAGGAGUAUGGAAGAUGUAGGUCUAAAUGUCGCGGUGAUAUUGAUAAAGAAAGAGCGUGUCCCAACGGCAAAGUGUGCUGUAGAAAGCGAAGAACUCGGAACCAAGCUAUAGUUAAGGCAAAAAACAAUGCCUGCACAGGAGCAGGAGGAGUUUGCAAGAAACCUAACAAAAAGUGCAAACAGCCUCUUUCCUUUGAGUGUCCGAACAAAGAUAGAAUCUGCUGCAAGAAAACCAACAAGUGCACAUCGAAUGGCUUCAAAUGUGUACAAAAAUGUAGAGGAACGACCAAGCAAUUCAAUGGUUGUAAGCAAGGAAAAGUCUGCUGCAAGCAAGCAAAAGAAAUGACCUGCAAACAAAUAGGCGGAAACUGUAAAGAAGAAGCAAAAUGCAAAACGGAAAUCCUAAAUCCCGACAAGAAAUGCAAAGAUGCAAAGGUUUGUUGCAAACAAGGAAAUAAUUGCCAAGCCCUAGGAGCUACAUGUCGAAAGGAAGCCAAAUGCAACAGGAAAAUAUUGAAUCCCUCUGUACCAUGCAAGACUGGCAAAGUCUGUUGUGAAAAAGGAAAUAAAUGCAAAGAUCUAAAAGGUACAUGUCGAGAGGAAGCCAAAUGUGACGGGAAAAUAUUGACUCCCUCUAUACCAUGUAAGGAUGGUAAAGCCUGUUGUGAAAAGGGAAAUAGAUGCAAAGAUCUAAAAGGUACAUGUCGAGAGGAAGCCAAAUGCGACGGGAAAAUAUUGACUCCCUCUAUACCAUGUAAGGAUGGUAAAGCCUGUUGUGAAAAGGGAAAUAGAUGCAAAGAUCUAAAAGGUACAUGUCGAGAGGAAGCCAAAUGCGACGGGAAAAUAUUGACUCCCUCUAUACCAUGUAAGGAUGGUAAAGCCUGUUGUGAAAAGGGAAAUAAAUGCAAAGAUCUAAAAGGUACAUGUCGAGAGGAAGCCAAAUGCGACGGGAAAAUAUUGACUCCCUCUAUACCAUGUAAGGAUGGUAAAGCCUGUUGUGAAAAGGGAAAUAAAUGCAAAGAUCUAAAAGGUACAUGUCGAGAGGAAGCCAAAUGCGACGGGAAAAUAUUGACUCCCUCUAUACCAUGUAAGGAUGGUAAAGCCUGUUGUGAAAAGGGAAAUAAAUGCAAAGAUCUCAAAGGUACAUGUCGAGAGGAAGCCAAAUGCAGCGGGAAAAUAUUGACUCCCUCUAUACCAUGUAAGGAUGGUAAAGCCUGUUGUGAAAAGGAAACAACUUGUAAAUCGUUGAACGGACUGUGUAAACAGGAAGCUGAAUGUGAAAGCAAAGUGUUAAGUCCCAGCAAGGAGUGCAAUGCUGGUAAGGUAUGCUGCUUAGUCCGUACCUGUAGCGACAGAGGAGGGAAGUGUAAGAAAGAAGGAAAUUGCAACGGCAGAAUCGUCACGGUGAAGAAGCCAUGUACAGAAUCCAAAGUCUGUUGUCUAGAGAAAAAUAACCAAAGCACCACGAUCACUCCGACACUUGGACCACAACCACAAACCACCGCUGGACCGCAACCGCAAACCACCCCUGGAACGCAACCACAAACCACGUCUGGACCGCAGCCUCAAACCUCUCCUGGACCGCAACCACAAACCACCGCUGGGCCGCAACCAUACAACAACGAUUGCAGACACAAUAGAUACAACUACUGCAGAUACAACCACUUCAGAUUCGACUGCAGAUACAACUGCCGCAGAUGCGACUGCAGAUACAACAACUACCAUACAACGACUACUGCAGCCACAACUACAACCGUACCUAUCACCACUAGUGCCAUAAACGUAGCUACAAGACUUCUUGAGCUUACAAACAUCGACCCGGUUUUGGAGGAUCUGGGAGCGGCCCUGGACGAGGCCAGCGACAGACUCAGCACCGUCGACAGCACGGGCCGGAGGAGAGUUCGGAGGGCGGCCGCUGAUGCCACUACAACUGAUGCCACUACAACUGAUGCCACUACAACUGAUGCCACAACAACUGAUGCCACCACAACUGAUGCCACCACAACUGAUGCCUCUACAACUGAUGCUACCACAACUGAUGCCACCACAACUGAUGCCACUACAACUGAUGCCACUACAACUGAUGCCACUACAACUGAUGCCACUACAACUGAUGCCACUACAACUGAUGUCACUACAACCGAUGCCACUACAACUGAUGUCACCACAACUGAUGCCACUACAACUGAUGCCACUACAACCGAUGCCACUACAACUGAUGCCACAUCUGAUGCCACCACAACCGAUGCCACUACAACGGAUGCCACUACAGCUGAUGCCACCACAACCGAUGCAACUACAACUGAUGCCACAACAACUGAUGCCACUACAACGGAUGACACUACAACUGAUGCCACAACAACUGAUGCCACAACAACUGAUGCCACCACAACUGAUGCCACCACAACUGAUGCCUCUACAACUGAUGCCACCACGACUGAUGCCUCUACAACCGAUGCCACCACAACUGAUGCCUCUACAAUUGAUGUCACUACAACUGAAGCCUCUACAACUGAUGCCACCACAACUGAUGCCUCUACAACUGAUGCCACCACAACUGAUGCCUCUACAACUGAUGCCACUACAACUGAUACCUCUACAACUGAUGGCACCACAACUGAUGCCUCUACAACUGAUGCCACCACAACUGAUGCCACUACAACUGAUGCCAUUACAACUGAUGCCACAACAACUGAUGCCACUACAACUGAUGUCACUACAACCGAUGCCACUACAACUGAUGCCACCACAACUGAUGCCACUACAACUGAUGCCACUACAACCGAUGCCACUACAACUGAUGCCACAACAUCUGAUGCCACCACAACCGAUGCCACUACAACGGAUGCCACUACAGCUGAUGCCACCACAACCGAUGCCACUACAACUGAUGCCACAACAACUGAUGCCACUACAACGGAUGACACUACAACUGAUGCCACAACAACUGAUGCCACCACAACCGAUGCCACUACAACUGAUGCCACCACAACUGAUGCCACUACAACCGAUGCUACUACAACUGAUGCCACAACUGAUGCCACUACAACCGAUGCUACUACAACUGAUGCCACAACAACUGAUGCCACUACAACUGAUGCCACCACAACUGAUGCCACUACGACUGAUAUCACUACAACUGAUGCCACUACAACUGAUGCCACCACAACUGAUGCCACCACGACUGAUGUCACCACAACUGAUGCCACCACGACUGAUGCCUCUACAACUGAUGCCACCACGACUGAUGUCACUACAACUGAUGCCACCACAACUGAUGCCACAACAACUGAUGCCACCACAACUGAUGCCACCACGACUGAUAUCACUACAACUGAUGUCACUACAACUGAUGUCACCACGACUGAUGUCACUACAACUGAUGCCACUACAACUGAUGCCACCACGACUGAUGCCACUACAACUGAUGCCACCACGACUGAUGCCACCACAACUGAUGCCACCACGACUGAUAUCACUACAACUGAUGUCACUACAACUGAUGUCACUACAACUGAUACCACUACAACUGAUGCCACUACAACUGAUGCCACCACGACUGAUGCCACCACAACUGACGCCACCACGACUGAUGCCACCACAACUGAUGUCACUACAACUGAUGCCACUACAACUGAUGUCACUACAACUGAUGCCACUACAACUGAUGCCACCACGACUGAUGCCACCACAACUGAUGCCACCACAACUGAUAUCACUACAACUGAUGUCACUACAACGGAUGCCACUACAACUGAUGCCACCACGACUGAUGUCACCACAACUGAUGCCACCACAACUGAUGUCACUACAACUGAUGCCACCACAACUGAUGUCACUACAACUGAUGCCACCACAACUGAUGUCACUACAACUGAUGCCACUACAACUGAUGUCACCACAACUGAUGCCACCAUAACUGAUGCCACCACAACUGAUGCCACUACAGCUGAUGCCACUACAACUGAUGCCACUACAACUGAUGCCACUACAACCGAUACCACUACAACCGAUGCCACCACAACCGAUGCCACUUCAACUGAUGUCACCACAACCGAUGCAACUACAACGGAUGUCACCACAACCGAUGCAACUACAACGGAUGUCACCACAACCGAUGCAACUACAACGGAUGUCACCACAACCGAUGCCACUACGGCAGAUUCCACAACCACGGGUUCCACAUCUGAAUCAACCACAAGCGACUCCACAGCCUCCGGCCCCAGCACAACACCGUCUCAGGACCGAAUCGACGCCGAAGACUUGCUCACCACGUUCAUCCAGCUUCUCGGCAACCUCGAAGCCUCUGUCGACGACGAAAACACCUCACAGAUGACCGACGGCACCAUCACCGUCAGAAGCAUCAUAUUCGACUUCGACAGCCUGAUCAAUGAGAUUGAGCAAACGGGGAAGAGGCUCACGGACGGAACCAGGGCGAUUCUGCCGCAAGCUCGAGGCGACACACAGCAGCUGCUGGACAAGAUCAGAAACGUCCGCAUAGCUAUUCGAGAGGAGAUUGAUCAGCUGAAUCCAUUAGCUGAAAAUACAGUUACCCUGCCCACAUUGGCACCUUAAAGGAUAAAAUAAAGCGACUCAUAUAAACUGUAUGUUUGUGUAUAUCAGACUGAAUACUACGAUAUUCACGAAUUUCAGACUGAAAUGAUAUACUGUCAUUCAUUAUGAUUACUUAUUAAUUACUUAUUUUUAAAAUCCCAUCUAAUUACUGAGCUUAUUUUUGUCAACACAUUGUGAUCCCACUAACUUGUCAAGACAAGAUCAAAUGUAACGUCAAAGCCGAAGAACUACUGUGUUUGCUGCAAAUCAGA